AUGGCCACCCUCGGUACAACAUUCGUUGGUGCUUGGCUCGCCAUGCCAUCCGGAGAAAAGAAGAAAGAGCAAGGUCCUCCGAUCAAGGCAAGCAGCAAAGACGAGGAAAAGUUCAUUCAGGACUUCUUAAAGAGCGUAGAGGCCGAGGAAAAGAAGGCGAAGGCCUAA